GUUGGCAUUAUAAAUGUGUUGAACGGGCAGCAGCUCAACCACAGUCGCCUGCAGUGUUGUCUUGCUGCAUGCGUUUGAAGUUCGAACCGUAGACGCACGCGUUUAGUGUCACGUUCGAUCACGAGGUAGUGCGCUAGUGAUAAUGAGCUACUGCAUCAUAGGCGCCGGCAUGGCCGGGCUGGCUGCCGCAAGACGGGUACUAGAGGCCGGUGGAGAAGUAACGAUCUUUGAGCGCAUGGAUCAAAUUGGUGGUACAUGGAUCUACACCGAUGAGGUUGGAACCGAUCGUUACGGGCUGCCCGUGCAUACGAGCAUGUAUCGAGGCUUGCGGACGAACCUGCCGAAGGAAGUGAUGGGAUAUCCGGACUUUCCUAUCCCGACACAAAGCGCUUCGUACAUUGUUUCGGAAGACAUAUUAUCCUUUUUGCGGCUGUACGCUGAUCGGUACGGAAUCAAGAACCAUAUUAAGUUCGAACAUCAUGUCGUACAAGUUCAUCCCACCGAUGGCGAUCGUUGGAUCGUGGAGGUAGAGGAUCUAGCGAAACAACAAAGGCAACAGCACAUCUUCGACUUCCUGUUCAUUUGCAACGGUCAUUAUCACACGCCAAAUGUGCCAGAGCUGCCGGGUAUGGACGCGUUCCGUGGACAGCAACUACACAGCCACGAUUAUCGCUGCACGGAACAUUACAAAGACAAAGCAGUGCUCGUAGUAGGAGCCGGUCCUUCCGGAAUGGACAUUGCGCUAGAACUAGCGAAAACGGCAAACCGUGUAACGAUCAGCCACCAUAUGGAUCGCUUGACCUUUCCAUUCCCCGCCAACCUGUCUCAGCAAGCGGACGUUUCCUUGCUGACGGAAUUUGGCGCAAAGUUCACCAACGGAGAGGAAGAAUCUUUCGACGUAGUUCUGUACUGUACCGGAUUUCGAUACAGUUUUCCCUUCCUCGGUACGGAUUGUGGCAUCCAGGUGCAGGACAACUACGUACAACCACUGUACAAACAUUGCAUUAACAUCAACCAUCCAACAAUGGCAUUUAUCGGGCUACCGUUUUAUGUGUGUGCCGCCCAAAUGAUGGAUCUUCAGGUUCGGUUUUGUCUGCAAUACUUCACCGGCAAGCAAUGUCUACCGCCGGCAGAUGACAUGCUGCAUGACAUGGCGCAAGAAAUGGAGGAUCGUUUGCGCCGAGGUUAUAAACGACGUCAUGCACACAUGAUGGGACCGGAACAAGGGCGGUAUUAUGAUGAUCUAGCCCGAACGGCCAACAUUGAAACUAUUGCGCCAGUUAUGACCAAGCUGCAUAACGAAAGUAGUCAAAGGUUUGUGGACGAUUUGAUCCACUUCCGGGAAGAUGUGUUUGCGAUUGUUGACGAUGAACAUUUUGUGUAUGUGAAGGAGUAA